AUAGUGUCUAAUCCUAAAAUUUCAAAACCAGAGAUCCUGAAAUUGAAGCCUUUUAUUAAGGUACUGUUGAAUCCUAUGCUCUAUUUUUUUGCAAGCCAUCAUUUGUUGAAAUUCUGAAACCAUUGUUCUUCUUUGCAAGCUGUUUUCCUUUGACAUUAUUCCACAUCUCACCAAACCUUUUAUGGAUCUAAUUUCUCUGUUCCUUUGUGUUUUCAGGUUUUGAACAAAUGGUUUUCAACUCCGUGCAUAUGGAGAUCAGAACGGACAAUGCUGCAAGGCUGUUUUCACCUGCUAAGAGGUGUUCUCAAUGACGAGAAACCAGCUUUGACAGUUGAUGAAUUCCUAAAGAAUUAUGAUGUCUUGGAUUUACUUAAGCAACAUAGUAAGGCUCUCUUUCAGAGUAGAUUGUACUGUAAAAUCUAGUGACAUCUCUUUUAGUAGCUGUGCCUUAUGCUGUACCUUUAAUAAAGUGCUAUGUGAAGAAAAUGUCCCUUUUUUAUUAGUGUAACUAGGUGCUAUUUGUAUUGGCGUUUUUGUUGCAAGAAGAUCUUAAUACCCAACUUUUCCCUCUGUUUUGUAGUGUAUAACCCUGACCAGGAGGUUGUAUCCAGCGUUCUAAGUCUGUUGUCAGAACUCUCGAUGCAGUAUCCCAGCUUGAGGAAAAAGUUUAUUGCAUCUCCGGUAGGUUAA